GGUUUUCACGCUAGACUGAUAAAGCGUUUCCACGUUUUUCUGUCUUUAUAUGCAACAAAACCCAGCGCUUUCAACUUCUCUCCCCCCUUUAAAAUCCAAGCCGAUAACCCCAAAACUCUGUUAAUCACUAUCAGAAAGUGUGAGCGUGUGUGAGUGUGAGAGAUUUGAUAAGAAUGUCUGGCGGAAUUGCGCGCGGUCGUCUCACAGAGGAACGCAAAGCUUGGAGGAAGAAUCAUCCCCAUGGUUUUGUGGCUAAACCAGAGACGCUGCCUGAUGGUACUGUGAAUUUGAUGGUGUGGCACUGCACUAUUCCUGGUAAGGCCGGGACUGAUUGGGAUGGUGGUUAUUAUCCACUCACAAUGCACUUUAGCGAAGACUACCCAAGCAAACCGCCCAAGUGUAAAUUCCCACCAGGAUUUUUUCAUCCUAAUGUGUACCCAUCUGGCACUGUGUGUUUGUCAAUCCUCAAUGAAGACAGCGGUUGGCGCCCCGCAAUCACAGUGAAGCAAAUUCUGGUGGGCAUACAGGAUUUACUGGACCAGCCGAAUCCUGCUGACCCAGCACAAACAGAGGGGUACCAUCUCUUUAUACAGGAUGGAGUUGAAUAUAAGAAGAGGGUUCGGAGCCAGGCCAAGCAGUACCCAUCUCUUGUCUGAGAAUAAACAAAUUGCUCUUUGUUCUGAUUAUUGUUUUAGAUGAAACGUGUCUCUGUCCGAGAAUAUAUACUCAUUCGUACCACAGUGAAUUGCAAAGCAAUGUUUGCUUGUUCGUGUUUGUGUUCUGUGAUAUGGCUGCAGAGUCAGGUUGCAUUACGACACACGUGUGGUUAAAGUGCUGGCUAGUUGCUAGAAGUUACUGUAGUAGUCCUAUUUUGGUUUUUAUGCACUCUGCUUUUAAGUUGUAAAAAAAUGACAGUAGCACCAAUCUCAUUUUGCAUCUGCUAUAAAUUUAUCUAAAGAUUUAGGAAUCUAUUGAUGGGCGUGUCUUGUUACAAAUGUAUACAUAAAACAGAAAUAUCUCUACACAUAAAAUACUUAUAAAUAUACUGAAAUUUGGUUACCUCAAUACAGUUCCCUCUCCUUUCACAAUAAUAAGCCUUCGAUACCAAAAGAAGCUCUAUCAAGAAUAGGAGACCAUGUGGUGUGGUUUGUGAAAUAAUGGAUUUCACUAAUAUUGGGCCAUCAUUCAUGUUCUAAGGUUUCUUAGGAACUGGGCCUUCUACAAUGGGCCCGAGAGUAAAUAGUUCCACUCCUCUCUCUUCAAACGGGAGAUCUCUAAGCCCAAGAGGUGGGAAUUUCACCAAAAACUCUAACCUGCCGAGGAAAAGGGCUGAUGCAAUAGAAGUCUUUUUAAUUUGUGUACUCUCUUUAUUUCUUUUGGCAAAGAUAAAAAUGAAGAGACAGUAUAAUUUUUGUUAUUCCUUUUUACCUUAUUUGACCAUUAUGCAUGAUGGAUUUGAUUUAAUACGAAGAUUCGAAGCAGUGCUGCGUUUUGUUGACUUUAAGGUGCCCUUUCGUUAGCAAACCUUAAACAACUUGUUUAUCUUUUCCAAAUGAUUU